AUGUCUGAAAAUUACAUUAAACGUGAAAAAAUUGGGGAAGGGACAUACGGUGUCGUUUACAGGGCGCAAGAUCAAAGAACCGGUCGCCUUGUUGCGUUAAAAAAAAUGAGACUCGAAACUUUCCAGAACGAGGGAUUACCUACAACCGCCAUAAGAGAAAUAUCCAUAUUAAAACAAAUGACGCACGAUAAUAUCGUAAA